CCACGGCGUGAUUCCAGAUUUCCAGGGUCGAGCGUCUACAAAACCCUGGCCACCCGCCCCAGCCCCAAUAUGUCCUCCCACCGUCCAUCCCCACCUCGUGUGCUCGUGUCCCUCCUCUCCUGAAAGGCUGAAACCCCAGCUCCUUUCUCCCCUCCGGUGUCGUUCGCAUCGCCCAGGCUCCAAUGUCGGCCUCGCCGGCGGCGUCGGCCGGCAAGAUGACCAUGUCCGCCGAGUACGCCAAGUCCGGCCGUUCCUCCUGCAAGGGAUGCAGCGCGAGCAUCGCCAAGGGCGCCCUCCGCCUCGGUGCCUCUGCCCUCGACCUCCGUGGAUACGACAGCACCAAGUGGUACCACGUUGUCUGCUUCCCCGCCUCGUCACACCCGCUUGGACCCGUCGAGAAGGUCAAGGGGUUCGACUCCAUCAAGGAUGACGAUCGCGAGCAGUUGCGGGAGCUAGAGAAGGAUAUUUGCUCUCUUCAGAACAAUAAGAGAGACCAGACUGCAGUAAGUCCGUUGGAAGUUCCAAGUCCAAAGAAAGCAAAGGCCCAUCUAUCUUCGCAUGAGACUGGGGUGGAAGAAAAUUCAAGUGUCUCUGUUGAGUACGCCAAGUCUGCCCGCUCAUCCUGCAAAGGCUGCAGCGUGAGCAUCGCCAAGGGCGCACUCCGCCUUGGUGUUUCAUACCGUGAUGCCCGUGGCUUCGACAGCACCAAUUGGUACCACGUCACCUGCUUCCCCACAUCGUCGCAUCCACUUUGCCCCAUCGAAAAUGUCAAGGGGUUUAACUCCAUUAAGGACGAUGACCGUGAGGAGUUGCGUGAGCUGGAAAAGGAUAAUAAGAGAGACCAGGCUACAAUCGUUCCACUGGAAGUUCCAGGCCCAAAGAAAGCAAAUGCCCUUAUAUCCUCACCCGAAGUGGAAGAGGCAGAAAAGAGAGACCAGACUGUCAGUCCGUUGGAAGUUCCAAGUCGAAAGAAAGUGAAGGCCCAUCGAUCAUCGCCUGAAGUUGCGGUGGAAGAUGCAAGUGUCUCUGUUGAGUAUGCCAAGUCUGCCCGCUCCUCCUGCAGGGGCUGCAGCAUGGGCAUCGCCAAGGGCUCACUCCGGUUCGGUGUUCCAGUCCGUGAUCGUCGUGGCUUCGACAGCACCAAGUGGUACCACGUCACCUGCUUCCCCAUGUUGUCGCAUCCACUUGGCCCAAUUGAGAAGGUCAAGGGGUUCGACUCCAUUAAGGAUGAUGACCAUGAGGAGUUGCGUGAGCUAGAGAAGGAUAAUGAGAGAGAUGAGGCUGCAGUCGGUCCACUGGAAGAUCCAAGACCAAAGAAAGCAAAUGCCCUUAUAUCCUCACCUAAAGUGGAAAUGGCAGAAAAGAGAGACCAGACUGCAGUCAGUCCGUUGGAAGUUCCAAGUCCAAAGAAAGCAAAGGACCAUAAAUCUUCACCUGAAGUUGCGGUGCAAGAAAAUGCAAGUGUCUCUAUUGAGUACGCCAAGUCUGCCCGGUCCUCCUGCAGGGGCUGCAGCGUGAGCAUCGCCAAGGGCUCACUCCGCUUUGGUGUUCCAGUCCAUGAUCUCCGUGGCUUCGACAGCACCAAGUGGUACCAUGUCACCUGCUUCCCCACAUUGUCGCAUCCACUUGGCCCUAUUGAGAAGGUCAAGGGGUUCGACUCCAUUAAGGAUGAUGACCGUGAUGAGUUGCGUGAGCUAGAGAAGGAUAAUAAGAGAGAUGAGGCUGCAGUUGGUCCACUGGAAGAUCCAAGACCCAAGAAAGCAAAUGCCCUUAUAUCCUCACCUAAAGUGGAAGUGGCAGAAAAGAGAGACCAGACUGCAGUCAGUCCGUUGGAAGUUCCAAGUCGAAAGAAAGCAAAGGCCCAUCGAUCUUCACCUGAAGUUGUGGUGGAACAAAAUUCAAGUGUCUCUGUUGAGUACGCCAAGUCUGCCCGCUCCUCCUGCAGGGGUUGCAGCUUGAGUAUCGCCAAGGGCUCACUCCGUUUCGGUAUUCCAGUCCCUGAUCUCCGUGGCGACAGCACCAAGUGGUACCACGUCACCUGCUUCCCCACAUCGUCGCAUCCACUUGGUCCCAUCGAGAAGGUCAAGGGGUUUGACUCCAUUAAGGAUGAUGAGCGUGAGGAGUUGCGUGAGCUAGAGAAGGAUAAUAAGAGAGAUGAGGCUGCAGUCGGUCCACUGGAAGUUCCAAGACCAAAGAAAGCAAAUGCCGUUAUAUCCUCACCUAAAGUGGAAGUGGAAGAAAAGACUGCAGUCAGUCCGUUGGAGGUUCCAAGUCAAAAGAAAGCAAAGGCCCAUCGAUCUUCGCCUGAAGUUGCGGUGGAAGAUGCAAGUGUCUCUGUUGAGUACGCCAAGUCUGCCCGGUCCUCCUGCAGGGGCUGCAGCGUGAGCAUCGCCAAGGGCUCACUCCGCUUCGGUGUUCCAGUCCGUGAUCGCCGUGGCUUCGACAGCACCAAGUGGUACCAUGUCACCUGCUUCCCCACAUCGUUGCAUCCACUUGGCCCCAUCGAGAAGGUCAAGGGGUUCGACUCCAUUAAGGAUGAUGACCGUGAGGAGUUGCGUGAGCUAGAGAAGGAUAAUAAGAGAGACCUGGCUACAGUCAGUCCACUGGAAGUUCCAAGCCUGAAGAAAGCAAAUGCCCUUAUAUUUGCACCUAAAGUGGAUGUGGCAGAAAAGCUAUCCCCAGGGAAGAAAAGAAUCAGUCCAUAACCGAGUGAUACCCUUUUUGGCAUCUGAUAUCAAGAAAAUAUACAAGGCUAUCGGUCUGGAGUUUCAUGUUCCUGAAGAGUACUUCGACCCCUAGUUGUUAACUGUGGCCAGGUACAUUAGGUGGAGACUGGAGAAUAAGAUGGUUUACCGAUUAUCAUAGGCUGGUGUCUCGUGUUUAUCAUAGGCUGGUGUCUCGUGUUCGGGAUCUGAGAAUACCACAAUUAUUCUGUCAUGAAAACGUAUCACAAUAUCGCUGUUCAAACCGGCCAUCGAUGUUCCCAGAAUGCACUGUUUGCUACAGUUCCCAUCUUC